UCCUAUUUAAACCAUACGUUGCUUACGUAAUAAUGCUGUGUAGCACCGUUAUUGAUUGGAACAUAAUCAUUGCUACCCGACUUCAUUCGGAUAGAUAGGGGUUUAAGGUUGGUAAAAGAAAAUGUUUUUAAGAAAAACCGCCCUAAGGUGGUGCUACGCAGCAAGCGAGAACCAAAAAGAGUUUCGUUUUCAAAGAAAAAAUUUCCAUGAUGGUGAUGUUUUUAUUGUGUGUAUACUUUUCAUUGCCUCCAAUGGGGCCACGUGUGGGAUUGGCCUCACUGAAGCCCUGAAUUGAAGCCACAACGAAAUAGUGAACGCUUAAUGCACGUUUUGCAAGCGCCAUCUUCUUCAGUCUACCUUUUUUUUUUGUUGUGUGGCCAGUAGAGCUCGUUUAUUUAUGUCUUGUGGGCGCCGAGCUGGCCGCAACUCAGAGGAGGACGCGGCCCGACUUUAACUGGUCUAGCAGAGCAAACGUUCCGCUGUGGUUGUGUGCCAUAGUAUGAAAACCAUCACGAUUAUCAGCAGCACAGGCCGCGAUUAUUCCCGGCAGCUGUGGCGUCAUUCGCUAAAAAGCCGUAGCCAUCGUCAUCAGCAACUCUCGAGCGAGCGAGCCCACGCAGUGGAACACCAGCGCGCGCUACGCAUUGUUGUAACCUGCGACGACCGCUACGAAUCGUUCGCUGUCCGUACCCCAGCGACUGCCGCGAAGAUGCCUAGGAGCAUGAGCGGCACUCCCAGCAGGAAAGGCCCAGCGAUCCGGACCCCGAAGCAACUGUCGAGCGAGCCCGCGACCAGCGGCGCACAGGACCGAGACGUCGGCGGCACGCAGCAGCAGCAGCAGCUUGAGUGCGGCACCACCAUCUACGGCCACGGCGACUUCCAGCGUCUCCUCUGUUGCUUCGUCGUGCUGACGCUGAUGGUGCUGCACUGCCACAGCCAGUCGUCCUCCCUGGUUGCUCGACCCGUGGACCACUGGUGCCGACCGCCCUCGAAGUUCGCCGACCUUUCCACCGCCCGCUGGAAGAACGUCGGCGUUCCCGUCGACGACGCGGGGAGCCCCAGCGAGUGCCUCGCGUACGUCCGUCCGGGUCACCAGCCGAACGACACCGAGACCGUCGAGUGCGACGCGUGGGACUACGACGCCGCUCAAGCGCACCGGUCCGCGAGGAGCUUCUGGAACCUGGUGUGCCACCGGACGUGGUUGCUGUCCCUGGCCAACGCGGUCUACAUGAGCGGUGCCCUGUUCAUUGUGCCGGUCGCCGGGUGCCUGGCGGACACGUACGGGCGCAAGCUCGUCAUCGCGUCGGGCGUCGCGGUGCUACUGCUGAGUACCGUGUGCACUUGCCUGACGCGCUCCUACUGGCUUUACCUGGCGGCCAGGUUCGUGAAUUCGGCCUGCGCCAGCACCGUCUUCGUUGUCGCCCUGAUUCUUCUCUACGAAGUGGUGCCGCUCGCCUACCGCGUCUUCUACGUGGGCAUCUCCUGCUCGCUGGGCGUCUUCCUGGUCGACGUGUUCCUGCUGAUUCUGGCGGUGUUCCCGCUCUCCUGGACCGUGCUGCAGGUGGUCAUCUUGUCGCCGACGGUGCUGCUGGUGCUCGCGACGUGCGCCGUGCACGAGUCUCCCGCCUGGCUGCUGGUGCUGUGCCGGGUCGACGAGGCCGAGGCGAUCAUGCUCGAGGCCGCCAGGGUGAACGACGUGCACCGGGUCACGGCCAGGCAGGCCAUGCAGAGGCUCCGCGCCGACAUCAACCGCAGCGAGGGCACCUCGUCGCCCGCGGUCGCGCACGGCGCGGAAGCCAGGGGCGCCCGCAUGGCCGGAGUGUUCGUCGUGACGUUCACGCUGAUGCUGGGUAUCUACGGCCUCACCUGGUCUAGCAGGAUGCGCAAGGACGCGACAAUAAGCAUCGUGUCCGUCGUCCUGUCUGCGCCUUCAUACGUGGUCAUGUACCUGGCGCUCAUGACCUGGGGCAGGCUCCAGUUCCUGGUGGCCGCCAUGACCCUGCUGGGUGGCACGUGCCUCCUCUUCGCCGUCGCCAUCUCGGCCAAUCCGCGCGUGGUGGGCGACGCCCUGCUGGUCGUGGCGCAGUGCUGCGCGCGCGCCCUGGCUCCGGCCAACUUCCUGUACGUGGCCGAGCUGUUCCCGACGCGCGUGCGCAGCACGGUCCUGUGCGGCGCCUACGCGUGCGGCCGGCUGGGCGCCGUGGCCGCCUCGGCGCUCGCCAUGCUCGAGGACGUGGGCCGCGAGGACCUCGGCUUCGCCGUCGUCGGCUCGGCGGUGUUCGGCGGCGUCGCCGUGCUCCUGCGACUGCCCGAGACGAGCCGCGGCAUCGCCGACGUCCGCAAAGCGAGCGGCACCGACAGGGACGUGCUCAGGGUGAUGCAGGAGACGCUGGACUCGGCUCCGCCCCGAACGAGGCGCAAGAGAAGACGCAAGACGUCCAAGACGAGGCCGUAGCGUUGUUUGAGAAGUUUCGACGAGGGAGGGGGAGGGGGGGCGCUGAACUAAUGAGCGCACCUAAAGCUUUUAUCUCCUUAGUCGACUAAUUCAUGCUAAAUACGUACGAAAUGUUCCUCGUUUUUCUUAGUGACCAGUCGAGAUAUUAGCAUAAAGAAAUGUUUUCGAAGAUGCGUGUCUUUCCGCCUUCGCCGCCAUCAUGCGCGAGUGGCACAUGUGUUUUAACAUCGCACCGUGUAACUUUUGCAGAACGCCGGGUUGAAAAGGUGGGCGCGGCGAGUAUUGAUCGACGUUUUCUGCUAAUUAAGCUUUGAUUAUUGUAUUUCAUUUUGCUGUAAAUCUUGUUGAAAUAAAACACAGGAAGGUUUGAAA